AUGAGUCCCCAGGACAAAGGUCGCCGUGGUGGUGGUCGUGGGCAAGGCCAGUCUCGCGAUGUGCAGGUGUCCAAGGCGCUGAGCUUGCUCUUGCGACAUGCGGCCGAGAAGGAAGGUGUUAAGAUGAAUGCGCAGGGUUAUGCAAAUGUCGCAGAAGUGCUUCAAUGGCGGAAGCUCAAAUCAAUCAAAGCGACUUUUGAUGAAAUCAAGCACGCGGUCGACUCCUCCGAUAAAAAGCGCUUCGCUCUUCUGCACGCACCUUCCUCGCAGCCCACAGAAUCUACCACGACAGCUACCACGACACCGACCACCGUCCCCGGGUCUACUGAGCAGACAGAUGGCGAAGUCGCCGCGGGCGGCGACCAGUCGACUACGGCAGUGCUCCAAGCGCCAUCUACAAAUGAAGAUCAAGCCAGUGCGACACAACAAGCUCUGGCCUCCACGGAUACCGAUCCCUCACACUACCUGAUUCGAGCGACGCAGGGCCAUACCAUUCAAAGUGUCGAUGCGGCAUCAUUCCUCGAACCGCUCACGAUAGCCGACGAAACCAAGCUCCCGGAGACGGUCGUGCAUGGUACCUUCCACGGUGCGUGGCCCUUGAUUCUGCAAUCGGGUGGAUUACGGGCAAUGGGUAGACAUCACGUUCACUUUGCGACAGGCCCUUCUCUCGAGAGUGUCCUGGCGGCCUCGGAAACUGCCAGGGAAGAGAGCGCGAGUAACAAGCGGGAGAACCAGGUGAUUUCGGGGAUGCGACGAGACGCACAGGUGUUGAUUUACUUGAAUAUUAAGAAGGCGCUUGCGGCCGGAUGUCCGUUUUGGCGGAGUGAAAAUGGGGUCAUUCUCAGCGAGGGCUUGCCAGUUGCCGGUGGGAAGGUUGAUGUCGAGGGCAAUCCGGAGAAAGUAGUCUCGAGUGACUUCUUUGACGUGGUUGUGGAACGCAAGGCUGGACUGGGGAAGAUCUGGGAGCGCGGUACGGUGAUCAAGGAGCUCCCAGAGAAUUUGACCAAGAAGGGCACGCCCAAGAACCGACGGUGA